CCACAACGAGCGCUCUUCAACGGUCCCUUUUCUUCAAAAUCAAAACGGCUACAUUCUCUCUCUCUCUCUCUCUCUUUCGCUCUCAACAAUUCAAACUUCAAAUCCAUUUUCUUCCAAAACUCAUUUUCAUUUUCAUUUUCACCACAAAAUCAACUCAUUCCUCUUCUCAGCACCGACCACCACGAAGCGAUUCGCAGAUCCCUUGUGUUUUUCAGAUAUAAGUUCCCCAAAAUGUCCAAACCUCAAAAUGAUCCGCUUUUGCAAUCGGAAACAACUUGUGGAACACUUCUCUACGAGCUUCAGAUAAUAUGGGACGAAGUUGGGGAGACUGAGUCUGACAGAGACAGAAUGCUGUUUGAGCUUGAACAAGAGUGUCUAGAAGUAUACAGAAGGAAGGUUGAUCUGGCAAAUCGGUCUAGAGCUCAAUUAAGGCAGGCAAUAGCUGAUUGUGAGGCAGAACUUGCAGCCAUUUGUUCAUCAAUGGGAGAGCGACCAGUGCAUAUUAGACAGUCUGAUCAAAAUGCUGGAAGCCUGAAGGAAGAGCACGCAAGAAUUAUUCCGCAGUUGGAGGAGAUGCAAAAAAGGAAAUCUGAGCGUAAUAGUCAAUUUAUAGAAGUUCAAGAGCAGAUUCAAAGCAUUUCAAUUGAAAUAUAUGGUACCAGAGAGUACGUUCCUGCUACUGUAGAUGAAACUGAUUUAUCCUUGAGAAAACUUGAAGAAUUGCACAGGCAGCUGCAUGCACUUCAAAUUGAGAAGAGUAGCCGCUUACAGAAAGUACAGGAGCAGCUGUAUACAUUGAAUUCUCUUUGUUUAGUGCUUGGUUUGGAUUUUAACCAAACAAUUAGCAGAAUUCAUCCCAGCUUGGUGGACUCAGAAGGAUCUAAGAGUGUAAGUAAUGACACCAUUCAGCAAUUAGCUGUUGCUAUACAAGAACUGCGGGAAGUUAAAUUACAGAGAAUGCAAAAGCUCCAAGACCUUGCAACAACAAUGUUGGAGCUCUGGAACUUGAUGGACACCCCUGUUGAAGAGCAGCAGAUGUUUCAAAAUGUUACUUGUAAUAUAGCUGCUUCAGAACAUGAAGUAACUGAACCAAACACCUUGUCCGUGGACUUCAUCAACUGUGUUGAGGCGGAAGUAGCUAGGUUAGAAGAGUUAAAAUCAAGCAAGAUGAAAGAGCUUGUAUUAAAGAAGAGAACAGAGUUGGAGGAGAUUUGUCGAAAGACUCAUUUGGUUCCAGAAAUAGAUAAUGCAGUGGAAUAUGCUGUUGAUGCCAUAGAAUCUGGAGCUGUGGACCCUGCUUGUGUGCUUGAACAAAUUGAACUUCAGGUUGCCCAGGUCAAAGAGGAAGCUUUUAGCAGAAAAGAGAUACUUGAAAAAGUUGAGAAAUGGUUAGCAGCGUGUGAUGAGGAGUCUUGGCUUGAGGAGUACAACAGGGAUGAUAAUCGAUACAAUGCUGGGAGAGGUGCUCAUCUUACUCUCAAGCGAGCUGAGAAAGCUCGGGCCUUGGUUAACAAAAUUCCAGCCAUGGUGGAUGCUUUGUCUUCAAAAACUAUUGCAUGGGAAAAGGAAAAAGGCAUUGAGUUCACAUAUGAUGGUAUUCGUCUGCUUUCAAUGCUUGAAGAAUACACUAUAUUAAGGCAAGAGAAAGAGCAAGAACGUCGUAGGCAGCGGGACCUGAAGAAACUCCAGGGACAAAUGAUAGCAGAACAGGAGGCACUAUAUGGGUCAAAACCAAGUCCUUCAAAGCCCCAGAGUGUAAAAAAGGGACCUAGGAUGUCAACCGGAGGUGCAUCUAGUAGAAGAGUGUCGCUUGGAGGAGCAAUGCUUCAAACUCCAAAACCUGAUUCAAAAGCUACACAUGCACGUGCUAUGAGAAAGAUGGACAAAGCACACCAAAUUGAGCAUCUAAAUUACCUGGAUGAUGGCGUUUCAUGUUUGUCACCAGCUAGAAGAGGACUGGAUAUUGCUGGCGUUCCUGUAAAAAAGUACUCAUUUGGUGCGGGGACUCAAGUCAUAGAAUCUCCUCUGACGCGACAACCUUUUUCUCCCAUCUCUUCUAAUGUAUCUUCAAAAUCUAAUAUGUCAAAUGCUGCAGAUGAACGGAAUAAACAGAGUGAGAAGUUGCAGAAAACAGUGCCGCUUAACAAUGUGCCAUUUACUACUCCGAUCAAGACAGCUUCUGUGGUAGAUGAAGAGAAUAGAACUCCAAAGGCUAUGCCUAUUCCUGUCCCAGCGACCCCUUCCACAGUAUCAAUUCCAAUGAAUAUGGCCAUGACUCCAGUUCCUUCAUCAGUGUUGAAAAAUAUAAACUUAAAUUCAACUCCCACAUCCACAUCAGUUCUUUAUGGAGGUGACUUGGUUCAAGAGAUUGAAUAUUCCUUUGAGGAAAAAAGGCUCAGUUAUAUGUUAGCAUGAUUCUUUUCUUUGGUGUUUCAUUUUACUUCUUGUAGUUUACCUGUGAUGGAUAAUGAUAAGUCAAUUGUAAUUGGCUUCCUGAUUGUGUACAUUUGGAGAAGUGGAACAACAAACUUACUAAUGUGAGAUUUUGCGGUCUAAUGCCAUUUACUUUCCGAUUGUUUCA